UGUGCAUGAAUUGGAACGAUCAAUGCAAACAUGAGCACUAUUCAGACUAUCGCUGAGAACUACCAAUCCUUCAAUCCCAGAGCAUACCUGCAGAAUAACUACAUACCACCAAGGGCAGACUUUGACAACCCAGGCAGCGUGGUGCCGUGGAAGCUGAGAUGCCUGGCCGACGCGUGUGCCUCAGGUGAGAUUGGAGGGCAGCUCAUGGUAGACAUUGGCACAGGGCCCACGGUGUACCAGCUGCUUAGCGCGUUUGAGCUGUUUAAAGAAGUGGUUCUGACAGAUUAUUUGGAAGUGAAUCGGGAAGAGAUUAGGAAGUGGCUACGCGGUGAGGCGGGAACGUUUGAUUGGGGCCCUUACAUCAAGCAUGUCUGCAACAUAGAAGGAAAGGGAGAACCAUGGGAAGAGAAACAGAACCGUCUCAGAGCUCGGGUAUCCAAAGUUAUCCCAGUGGACAUCCACCAACCCUGUCCGUUGGGUAAAGAGUUGGGUCCUGGCUCAAUUGAUACCUUGGUUUCUUCAUUCUGCUUGGAGGCCUGCAGUCCAGACUAUGGGGCAUUUAAAAAGGCCCUUGGGAAUAUUACAAGACUACUUAAGCCUGGGGGUCACUUUCUGAUGAUUGGGGCUUUAGAAGAGUCGUUCUACCUGGCAGGAGAGGCAAAACUCAGCGUAGUGAGUCUCACAGAAGAAAUGACAAAAAAAGCACUUUGUGAUGCGGGCUAUAAAAUCAGGGAUUUCCGUGCCUAUGUUAUGCCUCAAAGCAUGAGAACCGAUGUGGAUGAUACCAAAGGAAUUUUCUUUGCUUGGGCCCAGAAGGAGACAAAAUGAGGACAUAUCUAUCUGGCAUAAAGUAAAAGCACUUUCUAACCAAUAGGGUUAUUCAUGAAAGGGAAAAGUGUUGUGAAUUUCAAAGCGAAUUAUAAAAUUUAAGGAAAAAAUGGGUGAAUUAG